CCACGCCCACUUCCGGCUCCUACGCCUCAGCAUGGCUGCUUUACGUUUAGUGCUCUCUACAGGUGUCCGGAGGCUGCACUGCGGCGCCGCGGCUCGGGCGGGCAGUCAGUGGCGACUCCAGCAGGGCCUUGCUGCCAACCCCUCCGACUACGGGCCCCUUACGGAGCUCCCAGACUGGUCUUACGCGGAUGGCCGCCCUGCUCCUCCAAUGAAAGGCCAGCUUCGAAGAAAAGCCCAAAGGGAAAAGUUUGCAAGACGAGUUGUACUGCUGUCACAGGAAAUGGAUGCUGGAUUACAGGCAUGGCAGCUCAGGCAGCAAGAGAAGUUGCAGGAAGAAGAAAGGAAGCAGCAGAAUGCUCUUAAACCCAAAGGGGCUCUACUGCAGAACCCACGACCAAGUCAAUAAAAAGCAACUCUUGUCUCCCCCA